CAUCCACAUUUAUUCCGUCCACUGCUUGCAUCAAGACAGCUCUUGGUUUGCUGUCCUCUCCUGCUCUCCACAGGGAUAUUUCCUUCACCACUUUUCUUUCUCUGCAUACUCCUGUUUUUUCGACCCGGCUUUCUUCGUAUCUCCUGGAAUGUGGCACUCUUUGGUUUUCACUCUGUGUUGGAUCUCAUCUCUGAUCCAGGUGUCAUUGCAAGGCCCGUACCAGAGGACCCUAUUAAAGAAUCUCCUGAAGGAUUAUAACCCUAUGGAAAGGCCUGUCGCCAAUGAUUCUCUACCUCUCACUGUUGUUAUCUCGCUGAGCUUGGUGCAGAUCAUGGAUGUGGAUGAAAAAAAUCAAGUAUUGACCUCCAAUAUCUGGGUUAACAUGCGCUGGUACGAUCACUAUCUACAGUGGAACCAGUCUGAGUAUCCAGGUGUCAAAAACCUACGCUUCACCACUGAUCAGAUAUGGACCCCCGACAUUUUGCUUUACAACAGUGCAGACGAUAAGUUUGACUCCACCUUUAAAUCUAAUGUGGUGGUGAACUCCAGCGGCUACUGCAACUACCUGCCUCCAGGUAUCUUCAUGAGCACAUGUAACGUGGAUGUACGCUGGUUUCCUUUUGACAUCCAGAAGUGCGAGCUUAAAUUCGGCUCAUGGACGUUUGAUGGAUGGCUGCUGGACCUUCAGAUGAAUGAGGCUGAUAUCUCUGGCUACAUGCCCAAUGGAGAGUGGGACCUUGUGGGUGUGCCGGGCGCGAGGAACGAGUUGUAUUACGACUGCUGUAAGGAACCUUAUCCAGACGUGACGUUUGUGGUGACCAUUCGGAGACGGACACUCUACUACGCCUUAAACCUGCUCAUUCCCUGCGUUCUGCUUUCAUCCAUGACCCUGCUUAUCUUCCUGCUACCUGCCGACUCUGGAGAGAAGAUCUCACUAGGUAUUACUGUGCUACUCUCAUUAACAGUCUUCAUGCUAUUGGUGGCAGAGAUCAUGCCAGCAACCUCCGACUCCAUCCCGCUGAUAGGGCAGUACUUCGCCAGUACAAUGAUCAUUGUUGGCAUGUCGGUUAUUGCAACAGUGGUUGUGCUGCAGUAUCACCAUCACGACCCCACCGGAGGAAAGAUGCCCAAAUGGGUUCGGCUAGUCUUGCUCCAGUGGGUGGCCUGGUUUCUGCGUAUGAAGCGUCCUGGUGAAGGUCAUGACCCUGAGCGUCCUCCCUGCGCUCCCCACUUACGCCGCUGCUCCUCUGGAUCCCAGAGCGGGAGCCUUCCGAACGCUCCUGGAUCUGCCUCUGCGGACCUGCACCACCACCACGCAUCUUCCUCGCUGCAUCCACUUCAUCCCCAGAGCCUCCUGCAGGCCGUAGGAGUUUCCGGACACACCCAUCUCCACACCCAGACCAACAGUGCUAACAACAAUGGCAACCUGUUGUACAUCGGCUUCUCCAGUCUGGAUGAUGCAUCGCCGCCGCCCCUGCUUUCCGAGUCCUUGCAAAGAAACAGCGUGUCCGGCGGAUCACAUCCCGUUACGUCGCCCCCGGCAGUCGGCUCCAGCCCACCUCCUCACCUCCCCUCUCAGUUUUGCAGCCCACCGCCUCCACCGAUGCCCAAUCUGGAGGCCACGGGAUGUCCAAGCACGGUGUCUGGUGGUGGAGGUGGUUGUUCUUGUUCGGGGACCAGCGGAGGUGGAGACCCACAGCUUCAGGCGAUUUUAGAAGAGGUGCGCUUUGUUGCCGACCGGUUCCGCGGACAAGACGAGAACGAGAGCGUGGCAGACCAAUGGAAGUUUGCCGCAGCCGUAAUCGAUCGACUUUGUCUGGUGGGGUUCAGCGUUUUUAACAUCAUCUGCACCAUCUCCAUUCUCAUGUCCGCGCCAAACUUUGUGGAGGCAGUCUCUAAGGAUUUUAUCUGAUUAUGUGGUGAAUACUUGCUGUUUGAAAAGAACAUUGAAACUGAUUGAUCGUAAAUGGGAAAAAUUCGUCCCCAGAAACAGUGACUCAACUUUUUCCAAAAACUAUGAUUGGAAUAAUGCAGGAGAUCCUGAUGGCUGGGAAAUAAAAGUUUUGAUUGGUUGGUGCCCUUCUACUUUGGACAUCGGGGCAAAACAACAAAAUAACUAAACUAUGAUGUGUGUCAAAAGCUAAACACCACAAAAAGUGUUUGCAAAUGAAGAGAGGAACAGUUCACUAUGUGGUAAGAUCUUCUUAACUCAAACUAUAGAAAGAAUGACAAAGAAUCCAUGUAGAUUGAUAAUGACAAUGACCUUUCAACUGUGUCGACAGCCGCAUAACCUGACAUGAAGCUCUACAGAAAUGAGCAGCCAUCAGAAUUUGUGAGGUUUUGUCAAGUUAACAUUUUCAACUAGAGCAGUGCAAAGCCACUCUAUGAUGUCAGAAUAUAUUUUGGUGAAGUUUGGGUCGGUGAGGUUAAAUAAGUGAAUGCGGCAGAGUAAUAGAGACAGGGAGAGACAUCAAAAGCAGACUGAAGGAUAAGGGCUGGCAUAGAUUUUUGUCAGUGACAGAUAACUUUCUGUACCUGCAGCAGGGCUUAAGUGGUUUUGAUAAUGGCGAGAUAGAGAGGAAGUGAACGAUGCGACAGAGCUGACAAAGGCACAGAUAUAGAUUGACAGAGAGAUCAUCAACGCAAGAGAAGACCAAGUGUAAUGAAAGACAAAGCGAGACACCAAAUUUGCGCUUGGCGCCAAACAAAAGAAGGAUAGACAAUAAAAUUGUUUAGACAACUAGAUAAGGAAAUGAAAGACUGAUAGGGGAAUUAGAGAGGGAUGAAUAGAGAUAUAUGGAUCCGGCAGUUGGGGGAAAGUAAGACUCAGCAACGUUUACCGCCAGGAGGAAGAAAAGAUUCACAGUUGGAGAGAAAUAGCGCAUCUUAUCCCCCCAAAAAGAAACAAUGACUGCAUCAGUCACACAGUAGAGAAAAAGAGAAAAAUAUGUUACAGAGAGGAAGUAAGAGAGAGUGUAAGAACAAACAGCAAUGAUCCACCGGGAUGUCAUGGAGAAAUGGAACAAAGACAGUAGAGACAUGGAUAGAAUCUUAUAUCUUCCCUGACAGAAGGGGGUGAGAUGUUUUGAAAAGGAGAGAUGAUCUUCAGAAUGUAUAAAUAGAAACAGUGGAACAACCACAGCUAAUGUGUACAGAUUCUCUAAUGUCAUUGGAAACGUUGGCGCUUCUCUCUGUCUCUCUUGUUCUCAA